GAGGAUCAGUGAAGGCAGCAGAGGCCCCGUGACUCCCUACCGCGGGAAUUUCAGUACUGUCGGAAUUAUUUGUUUCCUAUUUGGAUUACAAACAUAACAACAGCGCUAUACAACAUAUUGUGAAGCAAGCUAUUACUAUCAGCUGACGUUGCUGGCACAGCCAACGCAAUACAAUGUCAAAGAAGAAAGGACUCAGUUUGGAGGAGAAGAGAACUCGCAUGAUGGAGAUUUUCUUUGAAACGAAAGAUGUGUUUCAGCUGAAAGACAUUGAGAAGAUCGCCCCUAAAACAAAGGGAAUAACUCCCAUGUCUGUGAAGGACGUGCUGCAGAGCCUGGUGGAUGACAGCAUGGUGGACUGUGAACGAGUGGGUACAUCGAACUACUACUGGGCCUUUCCCAGCAAGGCCCUGCACGCUCGCAAGCGCAAACUGGAGGAUCUGCAAACCCAGAUUUCUGAAGCAAAGCAGCGGAAAGUUUCUGCACAGAAAGCGGUUGAAAAAGCGAAAGUAGGACGUCAAGAUACAGAGGAGAGGAGCUCUCUGCUGAAGGAGUUGCAGGCCCUGAGAGAGGAGCGAACUCAGCUGCAGGCCGAGUUGGAGAAGUACAGAGAAUGUGACCCAGAGGUCAUUGAGGACAUGAGAAAGACAAAUGUCGAAGCAAAAGAAGCUGUUUCCAGGUGGACAGACAAUAUUUUUGCCAUCAAGUCAUGGACCAAGAAGAAGUUCUCCUUUGAUGACAGCCGCAUUGAUAAAGCCUUUGGGAUCCCUGAGGAUUUCGACUACAUGGACUAAAAGCUUACUCUUUUUUUUUUUUAACCAGAGCUCAUAGUCACAGUAAGCUAAAUAAUAAGCGUUAAAGCUGCAGUUUGAAGCCAGCAGUCAUAAUUUAUGUUCUGUGUAUUAGAGUGAAAACAAAUGCACCAGGACCAGGCCUUUUCAUGGGCUUGGAUUAAGGACGGAUAUCAGUCAUUUUGCUGUGGCAGAUGGACUUUAUCAGCCGAUAUGUUGUUUUGGUGCAACCAGAGAAGAGCAGCACGGAGCAUUAGUGGCUGUGGAGGGUGAGGGGCUUCCGUGAUGAACACAACCUAGUAGCCUGACUUUAUGGACACCUGUUUGCAUGAAAACUGAGAGCCCCACUCUGAUGAUGGAAAGUAAUCUACACUUAACACAUCUGUGCAGCCAAUGGGUCUAAUUUAAAUGGUUCAAACAGAUGGUGAAGAAUCAAAUCCUUUUUUCUAGGAAAAACUAUUUUUGAGCAACAUCCAGUCCUCUUUGUUUGACAAAAAAGUGAACAGAGGACCAACGGGAUAAUUAAAUUACAGAGGAUACGUUAAGGAUAUGUUACGUGUGCAAAUGCUGUAAAUAUUUCAAAUAUGUUAACCUUUUUGCAGAACCUCUUUUAUGGUGCUGCAAAUAAAAUGUCCCUUUUGAGUUAUACAAGCCGUUUACUGCCGUUGUAUUCAUACUCAAACUUAGUGUGCAGUUUUAAAAUGUAUUAACAACAGGCCUCCUUUCUUUUGUUCUUUCAAGUCUUUAGAAAUUACCACUGAAAAGUCUGUCACUAAAGCACAUUCUUUUCAGAGCUACACACCAUGAACAAAAAAAGGAAUACUGUUGUCAUGACAUGUCGAGAAUGACUAUUGCCCUUGUUAUUUUCCUCCCUUUUUUUUUUCCUGUGUCAAACCAGAGACAAAACAGGUAGUUGUGUGUUCUGUGCGUAGUGUUUACUCACUGACCUAGUUGACAAGGCCAGUGUGUCUGGGUUUGUUGAUCUAAAUUUCAAAUGUGCGAGUCUCGUCUUACUCACCAGUUAAGUUUUCUUUCCAGUAGACGCAUGAUACGCAAACGUAUUGUUAGUUCUCGGAUGAGUCAGGACUUUCUUUUAUUUAUAAUGUCACUAAGUGCAAGUUAUUUUGUAUCUGUAAGGCACCAAAGAAGAUGUUUGUAUUAAGUGACAAAUGUUUUGUG